GGAGGUGGGUUAGCGGCUAAUACAACGUUUUUUUUUGUGUGCGUUCUGGUCCAAUGGAGGCAGCGGUACUGAACCCCGGGAUAAUGACGGAGCUGGACUGCAACAGCAACACCCUGAACGCCGAAUUGGAGGUGAAGAAGCUGCAGGAGCUGGUCCGGAAACUGGAGCGGCAGAACGAGCAGCUGCGCACCCGGGCGAGCGGCUGCUCAGGCGGCCCGCAUGUGCUGCCUCCAUCCCCGGCGUGCGCGCUCGGGAGCGCCGGUGGAUACUGUCUGCCCAGCCCUGUGCCCACCCUGCUGUGUCAGUCGUCUUUGGGGUCAUUCUUGCCCCCGGAGGAGCCUUUCGAGUAUUUCCACCCGCACACCGCCGGUGAUGGAGCGGCUGCUGCGGGGGAGGCGGAGGACGCUUUCGAGCCGUCGGUUCUGGAUGAGCUGGAGCUAUUGGACUUGGAUUCUCUGUGCUGCUCAGAUGAGUCUGAGGAAACAUGGUUGUAUGUGUCAUCAAAAGCCGCAGAGUUUACAGAAAACUUUCUCACGCCUCUGCAGUGGUGCCGGCAAGUUCUGGACUCUCCCAAAUCAGAGGUGGAGGCCGCCAGGCGAUCGCUGUCCCUCCGACUGGAGCAAGUCUCCAGGUGGCGUAGCUCCCUGUCCAGCCCCUCCCCCUCCUCCUCCCCCGGUCCUCCUCUGAGUCGAGUCGCCGGAGUGUCUCCCAUCAGCGCUUCCCCUUCAGCCAAACCCUGCUCCACUCCACAGUCGUCUGAAAGACACGCUCCAUCCCUCUCCUCCCCGCUCCACCCAGUCCUCCAUCGGACGCUGAGUCCUGUAGGGAAGGAGCUCUCCCCUGUAGCUGAGAGGACCCCCACGUUCCUCCCUCACCCGGCCAGCCGAAGCCGCAGCCUCAUGCGCUCAGCCCUCAGUCCUCAGUCAUCCAUGGACAGUGACCUCGGUGCUUCAGAGGUAGAAGACGACUCCAUCACUCUGGGAUACAAACUGCAAGACCUCACCGACGUCCAGGUCAUGGCCCGGCUGCAGGAGGAGAGUCUAAGGCAGGACUACGCCAGCACGUCGUCCAUCCUGGCCAACCGCCGCAGCCAGAGCUUCACCUUCCAGCUCAGCCAGCUCAGCGCCGGCCCCGACCUGGAGGAGGAAGAAGAGGAGGACGACGAAGACUACGGCCUCCUGCCCCCGCCGCAGCCGCGCCUCACCCGCCUUCCGCACUCCCACACCUUCUCCAGCAUACGAGACUGGCGAAGAAGCACCUGUUCCCUGUCCACCCCUCCUUCCACCCCCUCCACCCCUCCAUACCCUUCCGCUGGGUUCGCCUUUCAAGCUCAGCCCCAAACCCAGCCCCUGGGACUGGGACUGGGACUGGGACUGGGACUUGGACUGGGCAGCCUCUGCGCAUCCGAGCAGCAGGGAUUCAGACCAGGGUCAGAUAAGCUGCGCAGGAGCAUGCCUAACCUUGUCAGAGCUCCCAGCAUGCCGAGUGUGCCCAUUCCGACCAAUCCUAGUGCUUCCCCUUCUUUGCUUCGUAACAGCCAGAGUUUUGAUUCAUCCAGCGGGCUUGCUCGCCUGCAGUCCUCCAUCCCCUCCCCAGGCCAACUCCAAAACAGGGUCCAGAGUGUCGGAAAUUUCUCCGCCUUGUCACGGCAGCCCCUGAAGGCCACCGCCUACGUCAGUCCCACCAUCAAGGGCUCGGUUUCCAUGCCGACCUCCGUCAGCCUCCAGUCCCUGAACUGCAGCGGCGGGAGUAACGGUGGAGUCGGCAGCGGGAUCCCUCUGCUCAGUAAACCUGCCGGUGGAGGGGGGACGCCCACUUCCACACCAAGCACUCCUCGCAGCAGCCUGCCCCGUCCCGCCUCCUUUGUGGCCACCACAAGCUCCACCCCCCGCAGCAAGGUGGCCCAACCAACGCGAAGUUUACUGACACCUCCAAAGAGCUUGUCCACCCUCAGUGCCCUUCGUGACAGCACCUGGAGAGACGGCUGCUACUGAUGAAUGGAUGAACUGGUGCAGUGGCACCCCGCUGGCUGGGGCGAUUCACUUACACCUCAACAUCAAGUUUUUCAUGGCGACAUUGACUGGGUCUGACCAAAUCGUUCCUGUGGAGAUGACCACCUUAAAUCUGAGAUCCUGCAUAGAAUGGUUAGAUGUUACCACAGUUGAGGGUUUUAACAUGAACUGAUCUCUCAUGCCAUCGAUUUAAUUCUAUGCAGAAUUUCUUCGGGAAAGGCGGGUUGUUUUAUUCUGGAUUUGAGUGUAUAUGCAUGUCAGGUUUCAAUUUACUGAAAGCUUCACACUCGUCGACUGACUGAUCCGUGCCAAGGGGGAUUUAUUCCCGGUUGCUCGUGUGCAAUAAACUGCUGGCUGUAGGGUAACAGUAAUACUAACCUGCUAAAGAGGGCUGCCAGUUUUUAUGAAAUGAGCCUCACGAUAUUGUAUUUAUUUAUAUAUAUUUAUUUUAGGUAAAACAUUUUUGACUAAUCAGGUGUUUUCCCUCUGGCAACAAGCGCCAAUGAUGCUGCUAAAAUUAAAUCAGUCCCUCUUAGUUUGGGCACAUUUGGUGUAAUUUUACAAGCAAAACAAGUAUGUAUUCGUGUAAAAAGCUAACUAUUAAGUGUGCAUACUUACAUAUAUAUAUAUUGAUGCAAUAUUAUUGAAUUUUAAAUGUGAAUCCUGACCAAAAUGAAAAUGUCUGAAUGUGUUUACAAAAUUGUCUCACUAUGGCAUCACAAGACUUUGUGCAUAUUAACACUUUUAAAUUGUUUAAUGACCUAUAAGGGAAACUGUUCUUGUUGCACUUUGUAUAAAUCUCUGAAUUUACUGAUAUUUUUACGUUCUGUUCUUACUAAUGUUUGCACUUCUUUUACAUUUGAUCUUCUGGAUUUAGGGGAAAAACAGCUGUUAAUUAAAUGUUCUUUGGGAGAUUUCACAGUUACACACGGCAUAAUGUAGCACCCUUUGUUUGUAAUAUUUGACUUGUGUUUUUAAAUGACCGUUAACAUGGCACAUUUCACAAA